CCGACUUUAGUCUCCAAGAUUCAAUAGAAUGAAAAUCAUCGCAGUGCUAGUGCUCGCUUUAGCUGCCCUGGUGGCCUCGGAUGAUAUCAACUGGCGGAAACUUCGGCCAGCGUGGCGUAUGCCACGCUACUGGCAACGUCUCCCGAAAGAGGUCAUGAAACAGAUGCUCAGCGAACUGAAAGAUUUACCGAAGAACAGGCCAGAAGGCCGAAUUGUCGGUGGAUAUCAUGCCACUCCAGGCCAGUUCCCGUAUCAAGUUGUAAUGAUCUCACAGUUCCCUCAGGGUGGCGCUUUGUGCGGAGGAUCGGUGCUUUCUCAAAACUUCGUUUUGACCGCAGCUCACUGCGUCGAUCAAGCCAGCGGUGGAACCGUCAUUUUGGGUGCUCACGAUCGAACCAAUGCCGCCGAAGUAGGCCAAGUUCGAAUUCCGUUCGUACAAUCCGGAAUUUAUUUGCACCAAAAUUGGGAUCCAUCACUGAUUCGCUACGAUAUCGCCACAGUACGACUCCAAAGCCCGGUCACCUACAGCGACCGUAUCCAGCCUGUUAAUCUUCCAAGGUGGAGCGAUGUGGCAAAUGACUUUGCGGGAGUCACCGGUACCGUAUCCGGGUUCGGUCGUUUCUCCGAUGCCGUCGAUGCUGCGUCCGAUACUCUGCGCUAUGUCACCAAUCCCAUUCAAACGAACACGGCGUGUAACAUCCGCUUCCUGGGUUUGAUCCAACCGGAAAAUAUUUGUCUGUCGGGAGAGAAUGGACGCGGUGCUUGCAGUAUAAGUAUGCCGCGGAAUGGUGAUUCCGGUGGACCAAUGACCAUUUCCCGCGAUGGAAAAACAGUCCAGGUGGGUGUUGUAUCGUUCGGAUUGGCACUAGGAUGUGAACGGAACUGGCCAUCUGCGUUUACGCGUACAACUUCAUUCUUGCAAUGGAUCCAGGCACACUCGGAUGUGAUUAUUGAAGCUUAGUUUUGUAGUAAAAAGUAAUAAAUAUUUCUUCGUAAA